AUGGGUUCACUUGCUCUCACCGUUUUAUCGUUAACAUUGGGUUUAUUUUUUAUUCUGGUUGGACAAUUUAAAGUGACACCAAAAUUCUUUCCAGAAGUACACGAAGAUAUGCGUCGUGAAUUUGGACGAGUUAAUAAAGUAUUUCCAUUAUAUAAGCAAACAGGUUGGCGACCAUUUGCAAAAAAUUAUCGACUUUUCAUUGGAUUCACAGAAAUUGUAUGUGGAGCUAUCUUGGCACUUGUUCCAGGUUCACCAAAACAGUUGGCAAAUGUUAUUUUAUUAUUCGUGAUGCUUGGUGCUGUUUAUACGCAUUAUAUUUUAAAAGAUAAAUUUGAACGAAUGGCACCUGGUCUCGUUUUUAGCCUUUUGCUUUUAACACGUUUGAUAAUUCAUAGACAAGUACAACAACGAGAAAAACGUACGAAUCAAAAACAACCAACAGUAACGAAAAAAGAAUCAAAAAAUAAAAAUAAAAAUGAAAAGGAAAAUGAUAGUCAAGUUGAAGAGGAAUAUGAAGAGGAAGAUCGUGACGAAGAACAAGAGGAACAAACAUCGGAAGGAGAACAAGAAGAAGAAGAAGAAGAAGAAGAAGAAGAAGAAGAAAAAGAAGAAGUUAAAGUAACUCAAAAAAAGCCAACAAAAAAGGUACAACCAGUAACAAAGGAUAGUAAAAAGAAAAACAAAUAA